CGUCUGAAGGGUGGACUUGGGAUUUCUGCCAAAUUGACAUAGAACAAGGGGAAUUCUAGCCAAAUGGAAAAAUUCCUUCUACCCCGUACCAAUAAACUUAAACUCAAUUCAAGUACAAAUAGUUGUCCACCAAAAGCUCCACAUCAAAAUUCUUCAAAAACAGAAAAAAACUAUCAAGAAGUAUUUACCAUUGCCUCAGAUGAAUGUAAUGACAAUUCUACCUCUAAUGAAACAAACCACUUGCCAUAUCAGAAAGAGCCCAGCUGUAAUAAUGAAAAAGGUUUAAUGAACAAAAAUGGCAAUGUUAGUGUAGGAAACCUUGAUGGAUCAUUUUGGGGAGACUUUGAUGAUACAGAGGAAGACAAUGUUACAGGUGAGUCAAAUGAUUUGGCAUACCAUAGAAUACUCUGUGCAUCUCCUGUACCAAAAUCAGCUAACACUGCAUCAUCCAAGGCUGGUGUGUUUCAGCCAAAGCCCAGUGAAGUUGAAAAUUCAAAAUCUCAGGGCAUCGGAUAUGGUGACUUCGACUAUGAAGACGAUAUAAAUAGCAGUUAUCAUAACGGUGAUUACAAAAAACAAAUAGGGCUAAAGCGUGAGGAGGAAUCUAAUAACUUAACAUCCAUAGAAGUGGCUGAAAACAAACUACGGAUUGUAUUGGAUGUGGAAGAUUGGUUUGCAGUUGCUAAAGAACAAGAACAUCCAGAAAGAUCUUCACAAUCUUUGGACUUGUUUAAAGGAGAGCUGGACACGAAAAUUGUCAAUCUCUUGGAUAGUUUGUACCCGCUUUCUGAAGAUUCCAUGUCAAAUGACAUAGCAGUUAGUCUCUUAAAUCAACUGAUCGAAUUUCGACGCAGCCUCCAAGGUUCUUCAGUUUCUUUGUCUAAUUUAAAACAAUCUGCUGCAAACCUUCAUCCCUCCUCGCAUCGUGCUAAAAAUAUCAAGUUAAAAGCUCAGACGAAAGCCCAAGUCAACAACGCGUCAAGAACAUCAUUUGAUCUCGAUGAUGUACAUGACGGCUUAGAGCCAACCGCAGACGGUACUCCAUUGAUUACAGCCUCUGUUGAACCUGCAAGAGCAGCCUUCAUCUACCGGACUCCCACAGCGAAAAUAUGUUCUAGUCGAUCAACUGCGAAUCCGUUGAAACCGAGUGAUGGCUCAAACAGCUAUGGCAACACCGGAAGCACAGCUGUCUCAAGUUCCUCCGCUGCAACUACUUUGCAAGCUACUUCCGAUAGGAUGAAGCCUGUUUUGAACGCAAAAUCCAGUACGAAUAGUGGCCGCGUCCCCUUAACCAUUCAACCAUCAGAUUUAAGCUUUCCUGAAAUUCAAGAACAAGACGAAUCUGGCGAGGAUGCAUUUGAUGUGAUCAUUGACGAUGUCGAUUUCUUGGCAGUGUCCUUGAGUUCUGGAGCUGAAACGUCGUCCACAUCUUCAAUACCAUUUAACACAAAUUCUACAACACCUGCGAAGAAUCGUUCAACAAAUGCAGUCCGUAAUAAUACGCCCGUGCCGCAUUGCACUCCAACCAUCACGAUACCAGAUGAUACGCCACCGAAAGAUUUCUCAUCCAUUCCGUCUAAUAAUUCCGGUCGUUUUCACGGCAAUGUGCAGAACGAUGGCACGUCAAAGGUGUUUGAUGGUUUUGGCUUUGAUCAUAGCGCUAGCCUAAAGAAAACGUUUCGCGAACGCUUUGGUUUACAAGAGUUUCGACCGAAUCAACUUCAAGCUAUCAACGCUAGUCUACUGGGACAUGAUUGUUUUAUAUUGAUGCCGACCGGUGGGGGAAAAUCGCUUUGUUAUCAGUUACCAGCACUUACUACUCCAGGAGUUACAGUUGUCAUCUCACCCCUUAAGUCACUUAUUUUCGACCAAGUCAACAAGCUUAAAUCACUAGAUAUUCCAUCGGAACAUUUAUCAGGAGACAUGCCAAAUGCUGCUCAAGAUGCCAUUUACGCGCGCUUAUCCAUGAGAAAUCCAGAUAUCAAGCUUCUCUAUAUAACACCCGAAAAGCUAAGUGCUAGUAUGAAGCUUCUCAGUGCCUUAAAUACUUUGAAUGCGAGGCAACUACUGGUGAGAUUUGUCGUCGACGAGGCGCAUUGCGUAUCCCAAUGGGGACAUGAUUUUAGACCUGAUUACAAGAAACUUAGUGUCUUGAAAGAAAAGUUUCCAAACGUUCCUACAAUGGCCUUGACUGCGACCGCUACGCCUCGUGUUCGCUUUGACAUUCUCCGCCAGCUUAAUAUGAAAAAUCCAAAAUGGUUUCUUUCCUCGUUCAAUCGGCCGAAUUUAAAAUACCGCGUGCUUCCGAAGAAAAUGAAAGCCGGCAUGAUAACAGAAAUAGCUGAACUCAUAACGCAGCGAUUUAAUAGGAAAAGUGGCAUAGUUUACUGCUUGUCAAGAAGAGAAUGUGAUGAAGUUGCACAAGCGCUUCAAGGUAGCCGAAUUAAAGCCAUUUCGUAUCAUGCUGGGUUGAGUGAUGAUGCGCGGUCAGAGGCUCAGCUUAAAUGGAUCAAUGGAACUGUGCAGGUUGUUUGUGCCACUAUAGCUUUUGGAAUGGGCAUUGACAAACCAGAUGUUCGCUUCGUUAUUCAUUAUUCCUUGCCAAAAUCCAUCGAAGGUUUCUAUCAAGAAUCUGGCAGAGCUGGCCGAGAUGGAGAAAUAUCUUACUGCUAUCUAUAUUAUGCCUACAGAGAUGUUCUUCGAAUGCGUCGUAUGAUCGAAAUGGAUCGAGAAAAUUUUGCUGCGCGACAAACUCAUAUCGAUAAUUUAUAUCGCAUGGUUGCAUUUUGCGAGAAUAAAACCGAUUGUAGACGUACUCUGCAGCUGUGUUACUUUGGUGAGCAUUUCGAUCGCCAGUUGUGCAAGUCCAAUCCAAGAUCGGUCUGUGAUAACUGUGAUAGUGAGGUGGAAUAUGUCCAAAUAGAUGUUACCGAAGAUUGCAAAGCCAUCGUAUCAGCCGUCGAUGCUUUAUGUGGUAAAACUGGAAAGUGGUCUAACAACUACACUCUUAAUCAUUUUGUGGACAUUUUCAAAGGAAGCGAAUCGAAAAAAAUUAUAGAAUUGGGUCACAACAAACAUAGUCUUCACGGACGCGGAAAAUCAUGGCAAAGGAAUGAUAUUGAACGACUAAUGCGGACAAUGGUGAUGCAACAUUACUUAGACGAAGAAUUGUUUAUAAGUAGAGAUGAGGUUGCGGUUGCUUACCUUCGCGUUGGCAGUAAAGCACCAGAUAAAGUUAAAUUUUCCAUCGCAAAGAAGGCUGGUGGCAGAGGUAAAGAGCAUCUAGCCAUUGCAGGCUCAUCGGCAGUUCAAAGUGAUCCGGAGCUGGAAAAUUUGGAAACUGAAUGCUAUGGCAAACUUCUUGAUUGUUGUAAAGUAAUGGCAGCCGAAGCUGGAGUCAACUACACUUCCAUCAUGAACCUCCAGGCACUCAAAGAAAUGUCCAGGCGCUUACCGGAAACUGAGGAAGAAAUGAUGGCUAUCCCACAUGUCACCAGAGCAAACUACGUAAAAUAUGGAGACAAACUUAAGGACAUUACAUGCAGUUACAGAGCUGUAAAAUCUGUUAUGAUGGAAGAAAGAAGUGGAAAUGCAAUAGACGAUGAUUUCACUGAUCUCAGCGAAUUCAUUCCUUCGAAUGAAAUUGAUCUUGAAGGCUCUGGCAGUUUAGCACAGCAAUCACCAUACUUCUCUGGCGGACGAAAGAGCAGUAGCGGAUUCAAACGCAAACGAGGAAGCUCAAAGGCAGGAGGUGGAAGCAAAUUGAAUAAAAAGGGUAAAUGGUUUACGAAAACGGACAGUAAAAGAAGUUCUUCGUCUGGCAACACAUCUGCCAGGCCUUCUUACAAGAAAUCCACUAACGGGACGCAAAAGCCCACAUCUUCUGCAAGCAGGGUGCAAAAUGUGCAAAACAUUCUUUUGGCUCCUCCGCGUUCUCGAACGGCAAAGAAAGAAUAACUUCGAUAGUUAUUUUUUCGAGUAUCUUUGUUGCAUUUUAGAAUUUUUUUUCCUUUCUUCUGUAUUUUGUAUUGCACUAUUUUUUAUUUCAGUCGUUUUUUUGUCGCCUUUACAAAACUUACUCAUUGCAGUGGUCAAAGCCAUACGCAAAGUCCAUCUUGUGCCCAAUAGAUGAUGCAUAGAUGUACAAACGUAAAAGUUAAACCCUAAACAAACGUACGUACGUUUUUUCUUCUGCUACAUGUGUAUAAUGGCUUGGUGAUCUGUGAUAAGUAAAAUAAAGACGUCAAUUGUUCUAUUCUGGAGAUAUUAAAUAUGCAAGUGUCUUAUCAUGCAGCUGUGUGAUCACUUUACACGGAGGCCACUUGAUCGCCCUGGAAAGUUGAUAGCUGCAAUCUCUUUAAUAUGCUGCUUGACAGUUUUUGUCAAUAUGAUAAAAAAUCGCUAUGCAGAGUCUUCGCGACAAGAUAGAUUUCGCACAUAUUUACAUGAAAUGAAUGCCUUACAGCCACGGAUAGAUCACAUAGAACAACAUCUAUACAGGGACCUUGAUGAAAUGAGGAGGUUGCAUGGGCUAUUAGUAA